AUGGGCUGGUUCUCAUUCGGCUCUUCAACCGCCGGGCCCCAAUCCGCAAAGGCCUCCGACGGUGGACGCAUUGCCCCCGACCGCUCCUCUCGCGAAGUCUGCUAUAAUGGCCGUGACCUAUUCUUCUCCUGUCUCGACCGCAACGAUAUCCUCGACGCCAUAAAGCACGAUUCGGAGGCGCGCAAGAAGUGCGGGAAAGAGAUUGCUGAGUUUGAGUCUGCUUGUUCGAAAGCUUGGGUCAAAUAUUUCAAAGAGAAGCGAGUGAUGGAGUACAACCGAGAUCAGACGAUUGCUAAAAUACAGAAGGAGGAUGCAGAAAAGGCGGCGCAAGAGGCUAAGGCGCAAUAG